AGUUCUACAUUGUCUUCCGUUCGUUUCGUGUGCGUUUUUUUUGGCUCGCGGUCGUGGUAAACAUAACAUAAUAUUCAUACAUAUUAUCUCUGUUCUCUUAUCUUGAAGCCAUUGAAGGAAAGACGAAGAAAAGAGGGUAACAAAGAAAAAGGAAUUCGUUGCAAGGAGCCCACAGUCAAUUCAAGUUUUUUUUUUAAAGAUACACGGUGUACACAAGAUUUCUAUCGAAUUGUCGCCGUGCGUACGACCGAAUAGAGGGUAACAGUUUUUGCAGUGUGUGCAGAAAAAAAAUAAGAGUAUACAAUAAAAAAUUGUUCCAACGAACUAAAAAAAAAAUCCUAGCCACUUCGGAGUGAAGAAGAAUAGAAAUCCAGCGAACGACGGCACAAAAAAUCUGAAUCUGUGCAAUAAAUUGAAGAAGAAACGAGCGAGAUAAAAGCAAAAAAAAACCAACCGAAACCAGAGAAAAGCGUUCCAACAACCACGCUGCAUGAAAAUGAAUGAACGACUUUGGAAUGCUUAAGCGUAGAAAGAAAUGACUUCAAAAUAAUUGACACUGCGGUGCGAAGAAUCGAAAUAUGCAAAUGUCGAUUGAUUGUUAAAAACGAAUCACGGUGUGAUUGUACGGUGCGCGAAACACCACACAAGACGAUUCUGUCUCUUACGCAUUCAAUUUAAUCAGAUGCGGAUGAGAUAUAGAUACUGUGUCAAAAGAAAUUGAUGUGGACUGUGUCUUAUUUUUUUCGUUAAAUUUCUUUCACGUGUGUGUGAAGUGAGCAGAGAAUUGUGAAAGAAGAGGGAAAAAAAUCAACAAAAUAACGUGUACAUGUUUGCUGUGUGGAAAAUGAAUACAAAUUCAAAAAUUUAUUCGAAAAUGUUUUAAAGAUUUUAUUAAACGGUACCGCCACCACCACCAGCACUACCGCCAACAAAAUACAACAACAGCCCGAAUAAUCAUAUUUCGAGUGUGGAGCGUGCGUACGCGGCUCGGCUCAUUCAAGCACUUCAUAUGCGGCUGUUGAAUAUUUAAAUUUAAAACGUGUGAAAACAACGGUAAUAUCAUUUACACGGACGGGACACAGGUAGAAAGAGCGUACGGGGAAAAAGAACGCAGCACGAACAGCAACAACAAUAACGGGGGGUGAAAAAACAACCGAAGCAAUAACAACAUAAUCAUCGAUUUUACAUUCACAUCAAUCAGUUUACGAAGACGAUAAACGACAAAAAAGUCAACGCUUUCAACAACAACAACAACAACCAAAUCUAAGUGAAUAAAAAACAGAAUUUAAUAUAUAAUUCGAAUCAAACAGUGCAGAUUAACGGAACGACUACGACGACGCAGAGCAAGAGCGGAAGCAGGAAGAGUAAAACGGUGAAUGCAAAACGGGGGCCACAUUCGCAAUCGAUGACGUAAAACGAAUUGCGGAGAGACAGACAGACAGACAGACAGACAGAGAGAGAGAGAGAGAGAGAGAGAGAGAGAGAGAGAGAGAGAGAGAGAGAGAGAGAGAGAGAGAGAGAGAGACCAACUGACAGAGGAGGCGGAGAGUGAGAGAGAUAAACGGAGUGCAAGAGUGGAUUGUGAGUGAAUGCACAUAAAAGUGCGUCACAUAGCCACUCAACAAGGACUUGAUAUUCCACAUUACAACCAAACCGAAGCGGAACGAGAACGAGACACACUGUGUGUUGUACACGAAUGGAUAUGUGUUUAGUGCUUAUAUUGACUGCUAUUUGCCGUGUUUAAUGAAAAAAAAAAAUAUUCGAAGAAGAUACACACAUUCCAAACACAGCGAAAUAAAACUAUUCGCACGUAGUUUCAUGUGCAUAUUUUAUCGUGUUUCAUUGCUAUGUUGUGUAUCUAUGUGAGUGAGUGAGUUUUUUUUUCUUCUGUGUCUAUGACGAAAUUCCUCCAACAAGUGUUUCCUCAUAUAACUAUCAGCAUUUUGGUCUAUGUGCAAAAGCAUAUUUUUUGUGUACACAGCUGCUGUGUGCUGAAUCACGCCACUCAUUAGUCUCUCGUUGGUGAUUUGGAAUUUUUGAGAUCGCGUCCCCUUUCACAAACAACACCAGCUAAAACGCUGAAUACAUUCUUUUCGGCCAAUCCCCGCGAGCACGUUUUCGCGAACUAUUUUGCCACCAACAAUCCAACACAAUGGCAACAGCCUACGAUCGACAGAUAUCGACUGUUGCACAGCACAGAUCGGAACGCCAACACUCGGCGGCGGCGGCAGCAGCGGCGGCUGCCGAACGAACAUUAAGAGUUAUCGAUCGCAUUGGACAAUCCGUUAAUUUGGCUGUGGAACGCUUCGUUACCGUUGGCGAAACAAUAGCCGAUGAUAAUCCCGAAAUUAAACAGGACAUGUACGAUGCAUGCAAAGAAGCCCGAACAGCAGGACUAUCAAUAGAGCGAUUAUGCGAAAUGGUUGCCAACGAACCACUUGAACCAGACGACACCCUAUGCGAUCGGACAUCAAUGGUCCGUGCCGCACGUUCCCUUCUUAAUUCAGUGACACGAGUCUUAUUACUUGCCGAUAUCGUCGUUGUAAAACAAUUGCUUCUCGCCAAAGACAAGAUACCAAAAACCCUGAGCAGACUGGAAUCAGUAGCUAAUUUUACCGAAUUUGUGAAGGCAUUUUCGGUGUUUGGUGCGGAAAUGGUUGAACUAGCACACGUGACUUGCAAUCGCCAAAAUGAUCCAAAGGAUGAGCGACGACGAAGUCAAAUGGCGGCCGCACGCCAAGUGCUGGAACGAUCAACACUUAUGUUAUUGGUAUCAUCAAAAACGAGCUUACGUCAUCCGGAAUGUAUACAUUCCAAAGAGAAUCGAGACACAGUGUUUUGUCAAAUGCGCCGCGCAAUGGAUCUUAUUCAUUAUGUAAUUAAGGAUAGCAUAUUGGCGGCAUCGCAAAGCGAUCGCCGCAGUCGACUGCAACAAAUGGACUGGGAAGGCGGUGAACGUGGCACGGCAUCGAGUUGUUUACGAGUUUUUGCACGUUUGAUGGAAAGCUCACGACCUAGAUUUAGUGCAUCGGGUACAACGAUAUUGAGCUCAUCAAAACCCACAAUUAAGGACAUAUCAUCGACAGGACGUCCAAUAGACCCAGCGCAAGAAGGACGUGAGCUGAUGCGAAGCAACAGUGAACGCGAUCGCCACAUGACAAAUCAUCACCAUGCAUCGACAAUGUCGCAUCGAAAAUCAUAUCGAGAUCCACACGACUACCACAGCACUAGUAAUGGUCUGAAAGAUGCUGAUUGUGAUGGCAGCUAUCGAAUGAGAGAGUCGUCACAAAGAGAUCUAGGCUUUUAUACAGGAAUAUCGAUAUUAUCACCGCAAACCCGUGAAGAAAUGCUCUAUGCGCUCAAUAAGUGUGUGGAAAAAACGCAAGAUUUCACCGAUUCAGCAUACACAACGCACGAGCAUCGGGAGAAUAUUCUGCUAUUGUGCGAUCGAAUGCGACUGGAACUGAAUCAAUGUCUUCGUAUGGCUGUGAACAUGGAACAAUUUCCAAAUUCGCGUUUUGACAUCGAUGCAGCAAUUGAUAGUGUACUCAGCGCUGCCCAAGAUCUAUCCCAACAACUAUCGAUGGCUGUGGCCGAUCAAAUACCCGAGCUCAAUCACAUUAUUAAAAUAGGCAUCGAAUUGGUUAAUUCACUCAGGAAUAUCGCCUUAAACCAAGAACUUGAUCGACUGCAAGAGUGCGCAGAUCGUUUUCACGAUUAUAUUGACCACAUUUUAGAAGUCUGCAAACUUUUACGUCAUAUUGCCUUAACUGAAACCCAACAAAUUCAAGCGAAAUUCACUGAGAUCAAUUUGCGAAUCUAUGGACCACAAGUAUUGACAGCAGCGCGGGCAUUGUCCGCCCAUCCAAAUAGUAAAAUCGCCAAAGAGAAUCUCGAAGUGUUUAGCGACAUGUGGCAAUGGUUAUCCGGCGAUGUGACGUCUGUGUCGAAAGAAGUGAUUGAAACGGUGCAAGCGAUUUCAAAACCAGAUCGAACCGAAUAUUUAAGCUUACCUCGACCCGGCAAACACGGUACCACAUCGAAACCCUUGAAAGCCGUACGUUUGGAUCAGGAAGAGCAAGAGAAAAUCGCCAAGGCUGGCCUCGAAAUGAAGAUGUCAGCGAAUGAAAUGGAUGCCGAAACGGAUAAAUGGAAUACAUCCGAUGAGAAUAACGACAUCGUGAAACGAGCGAAAAACAUGUCAACGAUGGCCUUUUCCAUGUAUCAAUUUACAAAAGGUGAAGGUACACUGCGCACCACCCAAGAUCUAUUCACACAAGCCGAAUAUUUUGCUGAAGAAGCGAAUCGUUUGUACAAAGUGGUUCGGACAUUUUCGUAUCAAGUGCCGGCCGGUGAUUCAAAGAAAGAGCUUCUCGAUCAGUUGGACGUUGUGCCAACGUAUGUGCAAACAUUACAAUUCACCGUGAAAGAUCCGACGGUGGGUAAGGCGGCUACAUUUGUUAAAGUCGAUCACGUUAUUCGUGAAACGAAGAAUUUAAUGAAUGUCAUCAAUAAAGUGGUGACCACCUGCUUCGAUUGUGCCAACAAGUAUAAACUGGACUUCAGUGGAUUGGCGGGACGUUCAACGACGGGAUUGCGUGACGAUGAUGGUGGCAGCGGUGUAGCUGGUGAUUCAAAGGGUUCAUCGACAAGUACGGAGGCGAGCAUGUGACAGUACGGGAUGGCCCGACGGGGCAAAGGUGACGCACGUAGGACGCGUGUAUCUUUUCUGCUUUUCUAGAAUCAGAAGUAGGUCCAUGGCGUGCAAUCUUAAACUCAUCAUCACCCUCAUCAAUAUUAUCGUCAACAAUACCUGCUGACAAUCCAAAGUCCUCCAAUCCCCAUCGUCUCGCACUAAUUGAAGGGUUGAUGGCGAUCUAUAUCUGGGAUAUGCUUUUACAUGCCAUUUUAAAUGCAUUGGAGACAAUAUUAUUUAAUAAAAAAAACUCAUUCAUCUACACACGUACAGCCGACAUGGACCUGACUACCCUUACUAAGGGUAGUCGAACAACAACAUCAACAACAACAACAACAACAACAACAAAACAUUUUAUAUCUAUUAUAAACAAAGAAAAACAAAAGAACAAGAAGACAAAACAAAAACUCUUUAGGGGCAAGCAACAUAUAUGUUUGUGAUAUAUAAAAACAAAUAUGAGAUAAAAAUUAUUUAGAUGAAACAAACCUAUCAAAUUGUGAUGACAACAAACAACAACAACAAAAACCAACAAAUUGAAGAUGUAACAAAAACAAAUGAACAAACAAAUAAAACGCAAAAAAAAAUAUUUAUUCGAACAAUGAAAAAAUGUGCGCCGAGCAGAAGUGCAUCAACAUACAUACAUAUUCACACAAUUUAUAGCUAUAAAAUGUAUAGUGAAGUAGUUGUAUGCAUUUUGAGUAUGCUCUCAUGACAAUAUCUCUACUAAUCAUUAAAAAAACAACUACAAAUCGAGAAUAUAUUUGAGAACAACAAACAACAAAAACAACCGAGAUUAGAAUUUAAUAUUAGAAACUUGAAGUAUUUAAACCAAAACAAAGAAGAAAAAAGUGAAAGAUUUUUUAGUAGACACACAUGUUUAACGUGUAGCGUGUAUAUUUGGGAGAAAGACAAAUCCAAAACAAACAAAAAUCUCUUUCUAUAUCCACCUUUUUUUUCUCUUUCCCCUACUCAAUCAAGAUAAAUAGAUGUAGUUAGACCAAAACACGGCUCAUUACACACACACUCAGAACAACAAAACCGACAACUAAAAUGAAAAUUCAUAUAUUAUAUAUAUAUUACAAAUGUAAGUGGAAUGUAUCAAGGGUAAUUUAAUUAUUAACAAAUUGUCACAUAUUUAUCUGAUACUGAACCAAUUAUAUAGAUGAUUCAAUCAGAACCAAUGUACGAUUAUUAUGCCGGAAUUCGGUGGAGAAAAUUAAACACGAAUGAAAUCAUGCAAACAACCUG